AUGGAGUUCCUCACAGUACAUGUUCAGUGGUGGAAGAGACCCUCUGGAGUUGCUGCAGUGUGUCUGGGGCUGCUGUGUGUUCUCCUACUGGCUGGGAUCAUAGGCCUGUCUGUCUACUGUAAGUUUAAGAGAGACCAGCUACACAUCAGCUACAACAACCCGACUGAAGAGAGAGACCAGCUACGGACCAGUUACAACAACCUGACUAAAGAGAGAGACCAGCUACAGGCCAGUUAUAGCCUUCUGACUGAAGAGAGAGACCAGCUACGGACCAGUUACAACACCCUGACUAAAGAGAGAGACCAGCUACAGGCCAGUUAUAGCCUUCUGACUGAAGAGAGAGACCAGCAGCUACGGACCAGUUACAACAACCUGACUAAAGAGAGAGACCAGCUACGGACCAGUUACAACAACCUGACUAAAGAGAGAGACCAGCUACACACCAGAUACAACAACCUGACUAAGGAGAGAGACCAGCUACAGGCUAGUUAUAGCCUUCUGACUGAAGAGAGAGACCAGCUACGGACCAGUUACAACAACCUGACUAAAGAGAGAGACCAGCUACAGGCCAGUUAUAGCCUUCUGACUGAAGAGAGAGACCAGCUACGGACCAGUUACAACAACCUGACUAAAGAGAGAGACCAGCUACAGGCCAGUUAUAGCCUUCUGACUGAAGAGAGAGACCAGCUACGGACCAGUUACAACAACCUGACUAAAGAGAGAGACCAG